CCCCGCCCUCCUGAGCCUCUGGAGGUUCUUGUUUUACGGACCGCUUCUUCACUUUCCCGCGUUGUCUUGCACCUUCAUCCCACCUAGAAUCAUGGCGACAGCUGAGCUACUGAACAUUGGGAGAAAACUCUAUGAGGGUAAGACAAAAGAAGUCUAUGAAUUGUUAGAUAGUCCGGGAAGAGUCCUCCUGCAGUCCAAGGACCAGAUUACAGCGGGAAAUGCAGCCAGAAAGAACCAACUGGAAGGCAAAGCUGCAAUCUCCAAUAAGAUCACAAGCUGUAUUUUUCAGCUGUUACAGGAUGCCGGUAUCAAGACUGCUUUCACCAAGAAAUGUGGGGAGACUGCUUUCAUUGCACCCCAAUGUGAAAUGAUUCCAAUUGAAUGGGUGUGCCGAAGAAUAGCAACUGGAUCUUUUCUCAAAAGGAACCCUGGUGUAAAAGAGGGGUAUAAGUUUUACCCACCAAAAGUGGAGAUGUUCUUCAAGGAUGAUGCCAAUAAUGAUCCACAGUGGUCUGAGGAGCAACUCAUUGCUGCACAGUUUUGUUUUGCUGGACUUGCUAUAGGCCAGACUGAAGUGGACAUCAUGAGUCAUGCUACACAAGCUAUUUUUGAAAUACUGGAGAAAGCCUGGCUGCCCCAGAACUGCACGCUGGUUGAUAUGAAGAUUGAAUUUGGUGUUGAUGUAACUACCAAAGAGAUUGUUCUUGCUGAUGUAAUUGAUAAUGAUUCUUGGAGACUCUGGCCAUCGGGAGAUCGGAGCCAGCAGAAAGACAAACAGUCUUACCGUGACCUCAAGGAAGUAACUCCGGAAGGACUCCAGAUGGUAAAGAAAAACUUUGAGUGGGUUGCAGAUCGAGUGGAGUUGCUUCUGAAGUCAGACAGUCAGUGCAGUGUUGUAGUGCUGAUGGGUUCAGCUUCUGACCUUGGUCACCGUGAGAAAAUUAAGAAGGCUUGUGGAAACUUCGGGAUUCCAUGUGAACUCCGAGUGACAUCUGCCCAUAAAGGACCAGAUGAGACGUUGAGGAUUAAAGCAGAGUAUGAAGGGGAUGGCAUACCUACUGUAUUUGUCGCAGUGGCAGGCAGAAGCAAUGGUUUGGGCCCAGUGAUGUCUGGUAACACUGCAUAUCCAGUUAUCAGCUGUCCUCCCAUCACACCAGAUUGGGGUGCCCAGGAUGUGUGGUCAUCUCUUCGAUGGCCCAGUGGUCUUGGCUGUUCAACUAUACUCUCUCCAGAAGGAUCCGCCCAGUUUGCUGCUCAGAUAUUUGGGCUAAACAAUCAUUUGGUGUGGGCCAAACUUCGAGCGAGCAUAUUGAACACGUGGAUAUCUUUAAAGCAAGCUGACAAGAAAAUCAGAGAAAGCAAUUUGUGAAAAAAAAAAAAAAAGGAAAGGAAGAGAAAAA